GCUUUCCCUUCCUUAUCCCUUUCAGAUUGUCCCUUCCUAUCUUCUCGAUUUGUCUGUCCAACGAGGUCUAGCUCCCUCAAACAUCAGCAAAAGAUGACAGAUGCUCCCUAUCCUUUCCCGCCUGAGCCCGAAGCGACGGCCGAAUCGUCAUCUAGUUCACCCAGUGGCGAGUUUGAUUCUGGCUCUAAACGGAGGCUCUCAUUAAGACGUGGUUCCAACAAUGGUAGAGAUGAAAUCAAGAAACAUCGUGAAUCGCCUCAUCUACGUCGUUCCUCUCGUACGGAUACAACACAACAAAGAGAUUCGGCCGAUGUAUCGGGCGGUGUCGAUGAUCUAUCAAAGGAAGCUAUUGGCUCCGGUCAACGACACGAAGACGUUGACCCUGAACCAGUUCAAGGGGUCACGACAAACACUAGUGUCCAUGAGCCAAGUCAUGACUCGAAACGUGUCAGAAGGAGGUCAAAAGAGGACCAUUCUUCUUCAUUGUCUUCCCCUCGUCCUCCCGCUUCGCCUCCUGCUGCGUCCUUUUCAUCCUUCGAACCUGUCAAACGGUCCAGAAAAUUCAGUCCAUCCGGUCAAAUCACAGAAAAACAUCAUUUCGUCGCCAAACGUCCCCCCAGCACUGGCUUACCUGUGCAUCGUUCGACUUUCGACCCGGGACCAACAUCUCAUCCAUCUCUUUCGCCUCAUCCGACAGCUUCAAAAGUUGCCAUUUCAGAAUCAUCUUCCUCUCAUUCAUUCUCUCGACCUCCUCGUUCACUCACGGCGACCUCGCCCUCCAGCUCGACAUCUAUCGAUAGUACAUCUCACGUCUUCUUAUCUGCACCUGCUCCUUCUUCCCUCACUGCCAUUUCAAGUGACGCCGGGUACCAUUAUCCAUCCUCUCGCCCCAGUCACCCACAUCAUCCACAUCUACCAACGCCCAUCUCUGCAGGCUCACGCUCAGGCUCAGCUUCAGCCUCAGCCUCGGGUGCACAGCAACCCCGCUCAUCCAUGACUUCUGGCUGGAUCAUGUCCGAGCGUGAGCAGGCAAACGUCAACCAAAUAGAUAGAACAGACCGUGAAGAGGAAGACGAAGAUCAAGGAAGAUCUUCUCGGCGUCGUUUAGAGUUGGAUGUUGAUGUUUCUCGACCGCGUUCACGACAUCACGAUCAGUCCAUGAAAACAGAAGAUCCCGAAUCCCAAUCUGCCAUUUCAUCUUCCUAUUCCUCUUCUCGUUAUUCUCGUCCAUCUCAACAAGGUCUCUCGACGUCCGCGCCGUCUCGAUUCCCAUCUCCUCCUCCAUCUUUUAGCCUGUCUUCUGGCCGUCCGCUCGUUCAACCUCCUGCAAAGACUCAAGCAGCCUUUGUAGGGAAAUUAUAUGCCAUGUUGGAAGACGAAGAAAUAAUCAAGACGGGUUUGAUCCAUUGGAGUCCAGAUGGGACCAUCUUUACAUGUCCUAAUCCGACAGAAUUCGCAAAGUGAGUCGGCGUAGUCACCUACGGUCUCUGUUUUUUUUUUGUGACACGAUGUGUUCCGCGACAGAGUGGUGUUGCCCCGAUUUUUCAAGCAUAACAAUUGGCAGUCUUUUGUUCGCCAAUUGAACAUGUAUUCGUGAGUUGCAGUCAUCAACAAUCU